AAUACAUCUUACACUAUGCACUGGCUGUACUUGCUGUACCUUCUGUUCAAUACCACUCACCUUGCAAGGUCGUUCAAAUUCUACCCGAUAAUUAAAGAGUUUUCUUCAAGAGAACACGUGAAUCAGAUGCUGCUGUUUCACUGUGGCCAACCGGACUCGGUGGACUUGUUCAAGCAGCUUAGUGAACAUUUCACAGGAUCCUUGCAUAGCUUCGACUUUGAUUCGCACCGCUUUUUCACCGAUCACAGCCGGUUAAUGACGACUGGACAUUUCCGGCCAUCGGUGCUCGCAGAUCUCAGCUGUGAAAAGAUUGAGAAGCUUCUGGAAGUUUGUUCCGAAAACGCAUACUUCAAUGCAUCAUAUCCUUGGUUGUUGUUCAGCGGAGCCGACAUUAAGGCCUCGAUAGAUCUUCUGAAGAAACAGAACUUGAACAUUGAUUCGCGGGUCACAAUAGCUGUUGAGACUUCCGAGGUAGACGAGAGAUCGUAUGAAAUAUAUGAGAUUUACGGGACUAUCCAUAAGCGUGGAGGAAAAAUACACGUUGUUAAAGUGGGAUCAUGGAGCUCAGGUGCAGUGAACUGGACGUGCAGUACAAAUAGUUAUAAGCAGCGAAACAAUUUGGAAGGAAUUACGCUGUGGUCUAAUAUCAAUAAAAUGGGUGUACAAAACAAUUCGACUCUGAUCGAAUAUUUACAGUCAACGGAUCGACCGAGAAGCUUCAUGGGAACGCGCUUCGGAUACCAAUUGAUGCGAUUGUUGAGUCGUCAUCUCAAUUUCAAAAUUCACCACAUCAUAACAUCGGGAUGGGGUUUCGAUUCGAUUGGAACGGAUUCAGUCAAAGGAACGAUCGGACAACUCCAGCGCCACGUGGUAGAUGUUUCUACUACACCACUUGCGUUGACUACGGAACGGACUGGUUCGUUCGAUCAGACCAUCGUGAUCGCUACGGCAAGGUUGGUGACAAUCUUCAGACAUCCGAAGAACGAUGGGACGAGAAACAUCUUUCUUCGACCGUUCCACAACGGACUCUGGAUAGGAGUUGGCACAGUCCUUUUGGUAUCAACUGUCUUACUUUUAAUCCAUCUUUGUGUAGAACAUCGAAAAGUCCUCAAAUGUAGUUCGCGUUUGAUUUUGAUCAUUGUAGGACUAUUCUGUCAGCAAAGCUCUACCAGCAAGAUAUCAAUUGGCUCUACGAGAGUUUUAAUCCUAACUGUGAUUCUGUUCUCAAUUGUAAUCUACCAGUUUUACGCAUGUUUCAUAAUCGGAUACCUACUAGUGUUACCACCAAAAACAAUUCAGUCGUUAGAGCAACUACUGAAAAGCAAUCUAAAGAUCUCCAUCGAAGAUCUUGCUUACAACCGUGACUUCUUCAAUAGGACAAAAAGUGCCAUCGCCCUUGAACUGUACGAACGAAAGAUUCUACCGAACAAUUUUGGGUUCGUGAAUGUGAGCACAGGGAUUGCCUUGGUGAAGGGUGGAGGGUACGCGUUCCACUGUGAAACUUCCUAUGGAAACACCUGGAUCAUAGAAACCUUCACCGGUCACGAAAUGUGUGAACUACAAGAAAUUGAGCUGUAUCCACUGCGUGCGGCACAUUUGAUUCUGCCCAAGGGAAGCCCGCUGAAGGAACCGUUCCGAGUGACGCUGCGCCUCAUGAUGGACACGGGAGUGAUACAGUACUACCGCAGAAAGUAUUUCCUCAAAAGGCCACCUUGCUCGGUUGAAACUUUCGCAACGGUGAAGGUGGAGUUUGCUGAUAUUGCCGACAUAUUUUGGCUGCUGUUGGUGGGAAUGGCUUUGAGUUUUGUGAUAUUGGCGGUGGAGGUAGUGAAGUUUCGAGUUUAUGCGUAUCUGGAAAUGAGACGAUUUUCCAAGCGACAUCUAGGUUGGAGAAAUUAAAUUAAUGUGACAUAAACUGCAUUGUUAUACGAAGAUUUCGUUU